GCUGUCCCGUGCGGGCCUGCCGCGUCCCACUCGGCGUCCCGCCGGGUGCAGCGGCAGAGGCAGCGCUCGGGAGGAUGUCUUUCUGCCGGGGCGACGACGAUGCGCAGGGAGGGACGGAGGGAGGGAGGGUCGAUUCUGAGUUCAUAGGUCGACACGAGCGAGUGUGAUCGGCUCUCUCCUUUAGGCUCGGCGAGAGGCUGCGUUCUGCAGAGCGAGGAAUUGGGAGUCGUGAAUUUCGAUUGUAAGCGAGGACGGGCGAUGGACGAGCCUUUGAUCGAGUCGGGUGGAAGACCCGAGCAUCCUCAUCCCCAUCAUCAUCGUGACGAUUCUAGCCAUGUAGCUUUCGGGGGAAGAACGGUUGCCAUCGUCGGUGGUGAUGUAUACCAAAGAGCUGCUGCUCUCGUGGACCUGGCAGAGGAUGGAGAAGGAAUUCCUUCUGAGGUUCUUGAGCAGGAAAAUCUGAAGUUAGCAACUACGCUUUACUUCGGCUACACUCGUUUGGACCCAUUUUGGAAUCUGAAUCUUGCCGCUCUUAUUCUGCUCACCUUUUUCGAGGUUCCUCUGUGGUGUAACGGGAAAUUCCCUGAGCCGUGUGGUUCUAAGGCCAAAUACUAUUUGGGAGACUUGCCAUACUUGACUCGAGAGCAAUCUCUGAUUUUUGAGAUUAUCAUCUUCAUAAUCCUUUUGGUGUACACAUUCUUUCCGAUCUUAUUCAUGGGAAAGAAGCUCUUCUGGAGCAAUGCUUUAAAUAGCGUCAAAGUUGUUCUGUUGGUUAUACUUGGAAUCGACACUCUAUUAGAUUUAUUUUACGUCACACCCACCGGACCUUUAAGCAGCCUGCCCUUCCGUGUGGCUCCUUAUGUACGAGUUAUUUUGGUGGCUUCGAAUUUGAGUGAAGUACGAGACAGUGUGAAGACUCUGGUUCAAAUCCUGCCAGACUUUUUCGAUGUUGCGGCUCUCCUCACUUUGUUCCUAUUAUUUUCAAGCUGGCUGGGUUAUAUUCUUUUUGAAGAUACUGUGCAAGGAAGAGAAGUUUUUUCUACCUUCCCUGCUACACUAUAUGGUAUGACGAUACUCUUUACGACAUCAAACAAUCCUGAUCUCUGGCUUCCAGCAUACAAGCAAUCGCGUUUUGCAAGCAUGUUCUUCAUUCUGUACAUCCUGAUCGGAGUUUACUUUGUUACCAAUCUAGUUCUUGCCGUCGUGUACGACAGUUUCAAGGGCCAGCUAGCUGAACAUUUGAUAAAAGUGGAACAACAAAGGAACGAACUUUUGAAGACCACCUUCAACCUCCUAGACGAGCAUAAAACGGGAUACCUCGAUGUAAAGCAAUGCUCGUCCUUGUUCAAAGAGUUGAAUAAUUACAGAACUCUUCCGAAGAUCGACGAGGAAGAUAUGGAAGCUGUCUUUUAUGCCUUGGAUGAUAGUGGAGAUUUUAAGAUCAAUCUGGUGGAGUUCACCGAUCUCUGUCAAGCAAUUUCUCUGAAGUUCGAUAAGCAAGAGAUUCCACAAUGGCUCGAGUCGUUUCCAAGACUGUACAACUCGUACACUUUUGCAAGGCUUCGAGAUUUUGUGAGAAGCAGAGUCUUCGAGUAUAUCAUUUUGGGCAUGCUGUGCCUCAACUUGAUAACUGUUGUCAUAGAAACAACGCUGGACAUAGAGAACGACAAAUCACAGAAAUUCUGGCAAGAAGUUGAGUUCAUAUUUGGAUGGAUUUACCUGGUCGAAUUAGCCUUGAAGGUGCUCGUAUACGGAUUUCAAAACUACUGGCGUUCAGGGCAAAAUCGCUUUGAUUUUGUCAUCACAUGGGUUAUAGUGAUUGGAGAAACAUUAGUAUUACUUCUGCCCAACGGUCUGCCUUGGCUCACAAACACUGAGUGGAUCCGUUAUCUGCUGAUCGCUCGACUUUUGAGGUUGGUAAGAGUGUUGAUGUUGGUCGAGAGAUACCGCGUUAAAGUGGUGACAUUUAUCAACCUGAUCCCCAAUCUUCUCCCAUACUUGGGCAUCAAUUUCUUCUUGAUGUGCAUUUACUGCACUCUCGGCAUGCAGAUCUUCGGUGGACUUGUGUACGAAGGAAAUCCAAAAUUGGACGGAACUUCUAUGAUGGAAAAUGACUAUAUGGUGCAUAACUUCAACGACUACGCAUCGGGAAUGGUGACUUUGUUCAAUGUACUGGUCAUGGGCAACUGGCAAGUAUGGAUGGAGACUUAUGGAAUCCUCUCGGAACAGUGGUGGGCCAUUACGUACUUCAUGAGUUUCUAUGUGCUGGGAAUUCUCCUGAUCUUAAACUUGGUCGUAGCAUUUGUGUUGGAAGCGUUCUUCGCCGAGAUAGAAAUGAACGAGGAGAGCAAAAGUCGUUGCGACGACUCUGAGGCCGAGACAAGUUCUGAUGGAGGACGGAAGGUGGACCCUCGGGUUGAAAAACGAUUGAGAGCUAGAAGGGGUGGACGAGAUACUCGGGUUCAAAAUCUCCUCAAUCACAUGCUCAGUGCCGAGCUGGAGAAGAACAAGGACAACUGAUGAUCUUCAUUCCUGAAGCUUGUACAUUAGAUUUGACUAGGAUCGAAAUGGACUGUGUUUUGUGCCACAUCUCCUGUAUGUGCCCUUGACCUUCUCAUCUUGGCACAACCAAAUCAGCGGAAUGUGAAUCUGCAAAUGUUAUGAUUUCAGUGCAGUAAAAGUAGCAUCCAAUUUCUCGC